AUGGCAGUGGAGUAUGACGAGGACUUCAAUUACUCCGACUCAGGCAGUGACAAUGAUGACGACCAGGGCUUAAGUGACGAUGAUGGAAUUGAAAUGGAACAGGAAGAUCAUUGCAUUCUUUCUGCUAAGGAUAGUAUCUUAAUGGAAUCAACUGUUAUGUCCCCCGAAGACCUCGUUCGAGAUAUGAAAACUUCUAUAGCCGAGGUGGCGGCUAUUUUACGCAUAAAUUCGGGAACUUGUAGGAUACUUUUAAAUAAGUUCAAUUGGAACAAAGAGAGUUUGUUAGAAAGAUAUUAUGAAAACCCCGACACUGACGCCUUUCUCAAAUCUUAUAAAGUAAUUCCUAGCAGAGAUUUCCCUAAGCCCACUAACGAUGAAUGCUCUGUUUGCUGCACAAAGUCAUCUUUAACUGGUCUUCUCUGUAAUCAUUGGUGUUGCUCUUCGUGUUGGGAAACAUACCUCAAUACUAAGAUCCUGAGUGAUAAUUCUGCUGACAUACAAUGUUUUGCUUAUGACUGUCCUCUACUCAUAGAAGACGAAAAGGUUCUAUCUUACAUUUCGAGAGAAGAUGUACGCAUGGCGUAUCAUCGACUUAUUACUAAUAGUUUUGUGGAAUCCAAUCGUCUUAUUAAAUGGUGCCCCGGCCCUGAUUGUGGCAAAGCUAUCAAGGUUUCACAAGCUGAAGCUCGUCCUGUUCAAUGUACGUGUAACAUGUGUUUUUGCUUCGGCUGUGCCAAUGAAUGGCAUGAGCCUGUGAACUGUCGUCUUCUGAGGCUGUGGAUGAAGAAAUGUAGUGAUGACAGUGAGACGAGUAAUUGGAUAAAUGCAAACACGAAAGAAUGUCCGAAAUGCCAGGUUACAAUAGAAAAAGAUGGUGGCUGUAAUCAUAUGACUUGCAAAAACUCAGCUUGCAAAAUGGAAUUCUGUUGGAUGUGUUUGGGCCCGUGGGAGCCGCAUGGAAGUGCAUGGUACAGUUGUAACAGAUAUGAUGACUCGAAUGCUAAGAAAGCCAGAGAUGCUCAGGAAAGGAGUAGGGCUGCUUUACAACGUUAUUUGCAUUAUUAUAAUCGCUUUAUGAACCAUCAAGCAAGUCUAAAACUAGAAAGCAAAUUAUAUGCGACAGUGAAAACUAAAAUGGAGUUCAUGCAACAGCAGUCUAUGUCAUGGAUCGAGGUUCAAUUUCUGAGAAAAGCUGUGGAUGUUUUGUCAGAAUGUCGUCGCACAUUGAUGUAUACAUACGCCUUUGCCUACUAUUUGCAGCAUGAUAAUCAAUCCAUAAUAUUUGAAGAUAAUCAAAAAGAUCUCGAAAUUGCAACAGAACAACUUUCCGAGUUCUUGGAAAGGGAUCUACCCAAUGAAAAUCUCGUCACUUUAAAGCAAAAAGUGCAAGACAAAUACAGGUAUGUCGAUAAACGACGAACAGCUUUGUUAAAGCAUUGUCAAGAAGGAGCUGAGAGAGAUUCUUGGAAGUUUACGGAGUAA